AUGCUGAUUAAUAUUGUGUGUUUCCGCGCGAAAGUGUCCUCGGCUCAUUUUCAAUCCUUGUGUUGCAGAUGACGACCACGACGAUCUUAACCACUCUCGACUUGGUCACACCAACAGGUACGUGUCGCUUUUUAUAUGGAAACGGACAAUAUCUCUCUCUCUCUCUCUUUCUUUCUCUCUCUCUCUCUCUCUCUCUCUCUCAUUCUCUCUCUCUCUCUCUCUCUCUCUCUCUCUCUCUCUCUCUCUCUUUCUCGCUCGCUCCUCUAGAAGUCGACGUCGCGUAAGCCACGUGGAAGUUUUUCGUCGGCCGUCCGAGUAUGUACACAGAAACAGAAAGAGAGAGAGAGAUAGAGAGAGAGUGAUAAGAGCGUAUUUGUGUGGGAACGCACAAUAUUCGUCGCGUUUCGUAGUGGGUCAAAUGCAAUUUUCAACGUUUCCUCCAAAGUUGACGCGUUCCCCAGAGAACCGCAUAAAGUCUGUGCCUCUUCCCUCCUUCCCGUUUGCCUAUUUCGGUCCCUAGCCGCUUCCCCUCUCUCUCUCUCUCUCUCUCUCUCUCUCUCUCUUCCAUUGACGUCAUCCGACCGGCACCGCUUCUUCCGUGAGCUGUUUUCUCCAGCUCGCGACUGAGUCAGAGCAGCUCAAACACGGCUUCAGGAGCACAAAGAGUAUUACGAAAUAGUUGUGCUCCAAGUUGGAACAGUGAUAAACACGGCGGAUAGGAAGGAAUUUGGUUUGGAGGAGGAGAGAAAAGAAGAGUGAUGGGGUUUAAGUGAUAAGACAUUGGAAUAAAAAUGACCGCGGAGACGAGAUACGUCAGUUUACCGCGUCCAAAGUCUCGGAAAACCCGCAAAUCUCGCGGAUUUUGCAGUCAAAAGUCGGCAGAAAAUUGCGGGAAAUCCGGGGUGCGCACAGCUGAACGAGUGUUACCGUACACCAUAAAACUACGGUAUUUUUUGAAAAAAUUUAAAUUUCUCGAGAAUUUGAAAAUUUUCAAAUUUCUUGGGUAAAUUUUCAAUGGUAUUUUUUGAAAAAAUUUCAAAUUUCUUGACAAUAUUUGAAAUUUUUCAAAUUUCUUGGGUAAAUUUUCAACGGUAUUUUUUGAAAAAAUUUAAAUUUCUUGACAAUAUUUGAAAUUUUUUUCAAAUUUCUUGGGUAAAUUUUUCAACGGUAUUUUUUUGAAAAAAAUUUAAAUUUCUCGAGAAUAUUUGAAAUUUUUUUAAAAAUUUCUUGGGUAAAUUUUUCAAAAAAAUACCAUAGUUUUUAUGGUGUACGGUAACACUCGUUCAGCUGUGCGCACCUCGGAUUUCCCGCAAAUUUCUGGACUGCAAAAUCCGCGAGAUUUGCGGGUUUUCCGAGACACCGAAACCUACAAUAGCGAUUGUAUUUGGCUUGUCGCCUAGAAAUAUCCUUCUGGAAAACUAGGCCACGCACACUAGGAAUCCAAAUUAAAAUGAUUGCGUCUAGUCGUUUUUGAGACGACUUCGACAACUAUUGACUACGCGAAAAAGUGGUCAACAGGAAAAAUGUUGGAAAUUCCUUUUCUAACUUGCUCACUCUAACACGACCCGUGUUAUCAAGCCGCUAUUGCCGAUUUGCUUCCCCAAAACCGCGCCCAACUCCAGUCUGUCUGCUCUCCAAAACUUUCAACCUCGAAAUGAGUCAGUGUGGAGUGAAAGAAAAUAAAGUGGCGCCACCCGACCACUCACUCUCGUUUCUCUGCGCCCUCGUUUCAGUUGGCCCCGCUUCCCGCGCUCCUCCUCAAAAAACCCUGUGAUUAUUAUAGGAGUUUGUUUGUUUGCAGAAGAUCGAGGACCCACUGCCAUCGUCGGAGGAUCCGCUGCAGGAGGAGCUCAAGGAUCCGCCGCAGACUUUUCGACCGUCGUGCUCUCGGAUCAACUCGUCACGCAGAGUGCGCCCAGCACGCCCAUUCAGCACAGAGAACACGCGAACGCCGAGUUCGGCAAAGAAGGUAAUUCUCUUGUUCGUUGAGCGUACAAUAUUGGAUGACGACGUUGAAGCGCUUCGAAUUGCGCUUGACGCAUUUUUGGUGCACUGACGCGUUUUCAGUGUUUAGAGCGUUUUUGACAAGCUCUUUUAAAGUUCUAGCACGUGGUUCGACGCAUCGCUAGUGCCUUGGCGCUUUUCCGGUGCAAACCCUGUAGUAGCUCUAGACAGGGAAAGUUCUUCUCUAGUUUUUCGCGCCCCGACGUUCCGUCAACAUUCCAUGUGCUUCCUCCUCAAAGUACACCCCCCUUCUGUCCGUAUAUUGUCUCUUUCUCUGUCGCGUUUCCACUUUUAUCACUCUUUCUCUCUCUCUCUUCCUCUUCCUCUUCAUAUCGAUUCGAUCAGUCAGCGGCGCCAUCCUCCUCCGCCGAAAAAGUGAUAACAGUGUGAUGGUCUCGACGAAAAAUGGGCAAUUUGUGCACGGUACACCACUGUAGUAAAGGUUUCUCUUUUUUUUCUUUUUUUUUUCUGGGUGCCGUGCCUCUCUCGUCAAGUCGUCAAGAAACGCGCCAAAAGCACGAGAAGCGUGUCAACACCGAGAGCAUUUCACUUCAAUUUUCAGCAUCUCCGUCGAACAUGAUGGCGACGGGCGGUCAGCAGCAAAAACCGGCGCUCAGCUUCUACGCCGACGGAUUCGGACAAAUCCGCGAGGGACUUUUCUCGUGCUUCCGACCCGUGUUCGGUUAUUUUGGCAAGGCGCCAGCCGAAAUGUAUGUGGUUUGUUAGAGCAAAAAGUUGGAUCCUGGAGACUUCCAUCAUUUCUCUGGCAUUUCGUUAUUAAAGGUGGUGUCCAUCGUGACAUACAACAUAUUUUUAAAAUAAACUUUUAAGUGGGGCAUUCACUUUCCCAAAAUCCCGAAUUACGAAAAAAAUUCCCCGAUUUUUAACAUUUUUUUCAAAAAAGUUAAUGGUACCGAGAGAAGUACACGGCGAAAUGGAAGAGCUGGCCGAGAUUUUUCUAGUCCCCCCGGAUGGAAUUCCCCUUUCUUUCGAUUUUUUUCGGUUUUCGUGCAAAUUUCUUAAAUUUUCAAUCGUUUUUUUCACAGAACACACUUAUUUGCAAUAUUUAACGAAAUUUAUGUUUUUUUCUGUGCCGUGACGUCAAAAAAAUCGAUAAUCUAAAACUUUUUUUUGGUUUUUCCGGGGUUUCGCUCAAUCUUCGGUUUGCGCGCUGAAAAGUAAAUAGAACGAGAUCGCUCAAUCAUUUCCUGAGUCUUAUUUAAAAUUUGCGAAUUACAGAAAGUUAUAUUUUUCAAAGUAAUGCGAAAAAUCCAAAACUUCCCAUUUUCGGUAUUACAAAAAGUGGCUGAUUUUUUCUGAAUUUCAGAAUUUUGUCAGAAUUUUGUCAGAAUUUUUAAAGUUUCCGAGUAUCGAUUUUUUUUAGCGUCACAGCACAGAAAAAACACACAUUUUUUUUAAAUAUUGCAAAUAAGUGAGUUUAGUGAAAAAAACGAUUGAAACGGAAAAAAAUCGGAAGAAAGGGGAAUUCCAUCCGGGGGGACUAGAAAAAUCUAGGCCAGCUCUUCCAUUUCGCCGUGCACCACUUCUCUCGGUACCAUUAACUUUUUUGAAAAAAAUGUUAAAAAUCGGGGAAUUUUUUUCGUAAUUCGAGAAUUCGGGAAAGUGAAACUCAAAUCAAGUUUCACGCCAACCGUCCGUCUGCUGGCUCAAAUUUCGAUUGCGCCAAGAAAAAAAGUAGUCUCGAAUCUAAUUAGGUCGCGUUUAGAUCGGUAACUUUCUAAUUAGAUUAUUAACGAAUUGCCCAGAGAACGUGUGCUCUUUUUGCAGCAAAAAAUCAGAGGACGAAGAGUGGGAGAUUCCGUUCGACGCGAUCUCCGAAGUGGAAUGGGUCGGCUCGGGCAGUCAGGGAGCCGUGUUCCGCGGCCACUUCGAAGGCCGCACGGUCGCGUUCAAGAAGGUGAAUCAGCUGAAAGAGACGGAAAUCAAGCAUCUGCGGCACCUCCGCCACCAGAACAUCAUCGAGUUUCUGGGCGUGUGCUCGAAGAGUCCGUGCUAUUGCAUCGUCAUGGAGUACUGCUCGAAGGGACAGUUGUGCACGGUGCUCAAGUCGAAGGCGCCGAUCACGCGCGAAACAUUUUCGCGCUGGGUCAAGGAGAUCGCCGACGGAAUGCACUAUUUGCACGUGAACAAGGUGAUCCAUCGCGAUCUCAAAUCGCCGAACAUUUUGAUUUGCGCCGACGAUGGCAUCAAAAUUUGCGACUUUGGCACGAGCCAUUUGCAAAAGAAGACCGACAGCACGAUGAUGUCGUUCUGCGGUACGGUCAGGUAAGAUAUUUGCAAAGUCGACUGGAAAAAUGCGUGUAAUUUCAGCUGGAUGGCUCCGGAGAUGAUAAAAAAGGAGCCGUGCAACGAGAAAGUCGACGUCUACUCGUUCGGAGUCGUCCUUUGGGAGAUGCUCACGCGCGAGACGCCCUACGCGAACAUUGCUCAGAUGGCCAUCAUUUUCGGAGUCGGCACUAAGUGAGUCGAGUGGAGCUGGACGAUACAUUGGCGCGAAAUUCAAAUUUUAACAGCAAAAUUUGUGUUUUUUGCCAGAUUAGCCACGAAAAAUCGAUAAUUUCGCAUUUUUCUCUCGAUAGACCGAUUUUAUAGGCUAUUACGAAUUUUUUAAGCGCAAGAGCGUCAAAUUUGGUCAAAUCGCAAAUCAAAUGUAUCCGCUUAAAGGUUUUUCGCUAAAACUGCGUGAAUUUCAGUUGCUUUUCGGUAAUUUUCGCGGUUCGAGCGCUCAAAAUGCUUGUAUUUACGUGAUUUAUCAUUCUCAAAACCAUUUUUGUCGGAAAACGGUCAAGAAAGCGCAAAAUGAGAAGGCGAAAAAGCAAAGUCCGCCGAAAAAUGCGCCAAAAUGUCAUUAAUUCUGAGAAUUAGUGUGUUUUCAUGUCGAACAUGCAUUUUUCAUCGCCUUUGACCACGAAAAACCGCCAAUUUCUCAUUUUUCUCUCGAUAGACCGAUUGUAUAGGCUAUUACGAAUUUUUUAAGCGCAAGAGCAUCAAAUUUGGUCAAAUCGCAAAUCACAUUUAUCCGUUUGAAGGUUUUUGGCUAAAACUGCGUGAAUUUCAGUUGCUUUUCGGUAAUUUUCGCGGUUCGAGCGCUCAAAAUGCUUGUAUUUACGUGAUUUACCAUUCUCAAAACCAAUUUUGUUGGAAAACGGUCAAGAAAGCGCAAAAUGAGACGGCGAAAAAGCGAAAUCCGCGAAAAAUGCGCCAAAACGUCAUUAAUUCUGAGAAUUAGUGUGUUUUCAUGCGGAAUAAUCAUUUUUCAUCGCAUUUGACCACAAAAAUCAUAGAAAACGUGCUCAAUUCAUGAAAACGCCAUUUGGCCGCCGACGCCACGCGCCACAUUAAUCUAUUUCUUCGUCUUCCAGCAUCCUCUCGCUGCCGAUUCCCGAAGAAGCGCCCCGCGGACUGGUGCUUCUCAUCAAGCAGUGUCUGUCGCAAAAAGGCCGAAACCGUCCGUCGUUCUCGCACAUUCGUCAGCACUGGGAGAUCUUCAAGCCGGAACUGUUCGAGAUGAGCGAAGAGGAGUGGCAGUCGAGCUGGGACUCGUACCGCGAGUUCGCCAAAGCCAUCCAGUACCCGUCGACAGUCACCAAAGAUCACGGCGGGCCGAAAAGCGCGUUCGCGAUGGAGGAGGAGAUUCAGAAGCGACGGCACGAGCAGCUGAAGCACAUCAAGGACAUUCGCAACAUGUACGAGCUGAAGUUGAAGCGCACGAACAAGAUGUACGACAAGUUGCAAGGCUGUUUCAGCGAGCUGAAACUGAAGGAGAACGCGCUGGCCGAGUGGGAGCGCGAUCUGACCGAACGCGAAUCGAUGCAAGUGUCGCCGCGGGGAGGAGCGAGACACGCGCGCGGCAACUUCUAUCCGAACGACGGCUACGAGGGAUUCUCGUCCGACGAGGAGGCGCGCAAUCAGAAUCAAAUCGGCUACCAGCGGGGAUCGCCGUACCGAUGCUCCAACACGAGCAGCUCGUCGUCGGGACCGUUCUCGCGGCAGAGCUCGUGCCGAAGCUCCGCCGGAAUGACGAGACGCAGCGAGGGAGCCGUGCAGAUGCCGAGCAGUGAGUGCACAUCCAGAGGGGCGGCACGGUCUGCCAGGGCGCUAAUGCUAAACACAGUGCGCUCGUAAAUUGCGGAGUGUCGUUGUAACUUUUUUGAAAAUUUUCACGUCUAAAAAUGCAGUUUUCUUUCUUUUUGACUUGAAAAACGUCUAGAAAACAAUAUUUUACUGAUUGGAAACCGUUCUUUACAGAAUUUCGAGUUUUUCAUCUUUUUCGCAUUUCGUCAAAACUUCAAACCUUUAUAUUUCAGCCAAUUUUGCAUUUCAUGAGCCCAACGAACGAUAAAAAUGUUCGCUGAAUCUUUCUUCACAAAAUUCAGGUUCCGGCGGCUAGUUUUCUUGAGCAGUUUUUGAAAACUAUUCGAAAAACAUCAAAAUCCAGGCCAAAACGUUCAAAUCGAAAUAACUCGGCUAAUUCUCAACGAUAUGUGAGAUUUCUGUUACCAAAACGUAACUAGUGUUCUAAUUAUUCGACGCCAGGUUCCAGGCGCACAAAAAAUAGGUGUAUUGUACAGAAAACAUGGAAAUAACGCGCGACGUCCCGUUGAAAAUUAAUUAAUCGGCCGCCGCCGCCGCGUAAAUCGACACAGCCCGUCUGUUGCAAGUGCGCCCCAUUGAAAUCAUUGCGGCGACCGCCACGAGAAGCCCGUGUUUUUGCAGAGAUCCUGAGAAGCGACAAUAUGCGGCACUCGUCGUCGUACUGGGAGACGCUCGGAGCACGUGGCAGCCCGGCCAGAGGAUCCGGAUACUCGCAGGACUCGGGAUUGGGAAGCGCCGCCGCCAGUUGUAUGGCGAUCAAUGGAACUGGCGCUUGUGGAGGAGGAGGAGGAGGAGGACAGCAUGUAAGUGGAGGCAGGGAAGGACACUUUGCAACCGGGGGCCGUUUCGCUCUCUCUUUGUUCUAGUAGUUGCAAAGUAUUUCAAAGUCAAUACAAAGUUUGGCAAAGUGAGAACAACUGUAACGGGAACUGACGCUUUGCAACUGGGCAAAACGUCCGGCGCAUCGAAUUUUGCACAAAUUUGUUACAGGUGGCCUACGUUCAAACAAUCUACCGCAACACGGACGGUCGCUGGUCGGACGGACGCAUCGCAUCGCGUAGACGCGUCUCCAACUCGGUGAAGAACUCCGCGGCGAAGACGUCGUCGCCGAGCACCGUCUUCUUCCAGAGGGACAGUCCGUCCCGUGUUCCACAUGGUGCUGUCGUUUAUUCUCGUAUGUGCAUGGUUUUUUUUUUUCGCGAUUCUUUACCCCCUCUAUUCACCUGGUUUUGAAUAAUACGGGGACACUCUUUGACCGUUCAUUUCGGACGGCCAGAUCUCAGCUGCCGGUGGAGAUGGCAAAAAGUGUUCAACUGAUGAAAUGUUCAGUAUAAAAUUGUGCGCAUUUUAUCAGUUGACCACUUGUUGAAAUCUCCACCCGCAACUGAGAUAUAUUGUUUUUUUCACAAAAGCAUGAUCGUUCGCUAGCCUACUCACUCUCUUCCCUCACAUUCACUUUCACAACGAAUUUAUCAAAUGUUCAUACGCGUCAUUUGCAGCGCGCUCAAGCUCGAAACUGAAUCGUUCCUCGUAUCCGUCGCGGAAUCCGCCCACGCACUCCGACGACUUCUACUGCUGCAACAACUGCUCGAGUACCCGAUCGGCGCGCGCGAAAAGCGUCGCGAUCGGAGCGACGAGCACGCGCUGCCGCUCGCCGACGCCCUACGACAACCAGCCGGAACUGCUCGACGUCGUCAACCUGAUGCCCGAAUCGACGUCGUACGACGAGGCGCUCAAAUCGAUCGGCGGACACGAGGAGGAGAACGCCGACGUGGCGAUGCCGAUGUCGUUCGGAAAUCCGAUCUACGUGUCGCCGAUCACCACCUACAGUAAUCCGAUCGGCGAGACGAUUGUCGAGCCGGUGGCCGAAGAAAACGCGAAUGAGAUGGAUUUGACGUCGUCGAUGGACUCGAGACGGUCCCGAGCCGAUGACGCCGACGUUGAGAGCAGUACUGAAGAAGAAGAAGAGGAAGAGGAAGAGGAAGAGGACAACGGCAACAUUCUGAACACUUCGAUGGACUCGCGAUCCGACGACGAACACCGUCUUCGGUACCGAAUCGACACGUCGCAGAGUACGAUGAUGAGCUCGUUGGAGCGGAGCCUGGAGUUGGGCGCCGCCCGAUCCGACGGGCUCAGCGACAACGAGCGCCGGGUGCAGGCGGUGAAGCACAGCAUCAAAACGCAUCGGAGGACACAUUCGGUGAGUGUUGUCUGCAACUUUUGUGCAACUUUUGCGCAACUUUUGCGCAACUUGCACUCUCCUCCUCCUGCCGUAACCCAACACAUUUCUUGCAGAACCCGCAAGCGCUCAUCCACCAACGCAUCGACGAAUCGUUUUCGUCGGCCACCGACGACAGCGACGACGCCGGCGGAGCGGUCCGAAUUUGA